UGUCUGAGAUGAGGUAGCACCGAUCGUUCCUCGCUCCUCUUCUCAUUCAGAAGGGUGGUUUCUUCUCAAUCAGAGUGGGAGAGAGUAAGAGAGAGUAAGAGAGGGUGGUUAUAUUUCGUUCACUUCUCAUCGUCGUUGUGUAAAGAUCGAUCGGCAUUCUUCGUGAGGUGAGUUAAAUUUGUUCAGAAAUAUAAAUCGUCUAUAAGAAAAUACAUCAUCUAAAUAAUUUACAGUGAAAAUAAUAUUUUGUGCUAAUAAUUAUAUUAUUAUAAAAUAAUCGAUUAUUAAAACACGCGAAUAAUGAUCCAUAUCGGAUAAAUCGAAGCAUCUCGUUCGUUUGUGCAUUUUCAAUCGUCAUUUAUCUUCGCAAUAUUCAUUUUUUGUUUGUUUUUUAUAUUUACCGGUAUACCAAAAUUAAAUUGUUUUUGAUUAGUGUAAAUAAAAAGUUAUAGUGAAAGUGAAAUAAAAGAAAGAAAAUAAAAUCAUGGCUGUGGAAAGUGUAUCGUCUUCGUCAAAAGUGCAAUUUGCAAUAGGUAAUGAAGUAUCGGCUCACUGUCAUUUUUUUAAAAGUUCUUUUGCCCGUUCACUCGUUAAAAAUGUUCGUGAUUGCAAAUCCCUGGAUUAUGAGUUACACAACAACAACAAUACCAUCAUCGAGGAAUCAUCUGAAUCUAACGUCGACGAUAGGAAUAAUAAUUAUUUUUCUUUACUCGACUUUCGUUCCGAAAAAACUACGACCACCACAACAACAACAACAACUACCAAUAUGAAUUCGAAUCAUCGAACCAGCGCCGAGAAAAAUCAUCAAAUCUCCGCUUGUGAUUCAUCAGCUUCUACCGAGUCGAACCAUUCCUACGUGAACAUCGAGGAAUUGGAAAGACUUCGGAAG